AUGUCAGAAUCGAGCGAUAUUCCAACCGGUACUUACUCCUUGAGUCUCGGAAGGUCAUUCGACACAAAGGGAAGGAAAAAUGAUCCGAAAGCGGCGCAGUUCCAUACUUUGAGAUACGAUUUCAAGCCAAGUUCCGUCUCGAACAACGUCGACAAUACCUUCAUCGCAUUCGGAAGCAAUAGUCAAGAUGUGCACGUGUCGGUGCCAAGUGAGGGAGGAGACAAUAUGACUGUAUAUAAGGGCUCAAAGAAGGACGCAAAGCCCAAAGAGUGUCUUUUAUUUUUCGAUAAAAAGACAGGAAUGGUUCGGUUGGAGAAGAUAACCAGUAAUAUAAAUGUGAAGAAGACACGAGAUUUGGAUCCGGCCACCGAGCAGGCGUUGAAAAGAGGAAUCGAGCGGUUGAGAACGACGGCCUCCUCCAACCCACAACAUCUCUCAUCAUCCUCGUCUCCAGAAGAGAAACAACGACCGCCGCCGCCUGUUCAAGACACUUCGGAUUCUGAGAGCGAUUCUGAUUCAGAUUCAGAUGACAAGUCGAACGUGGAUUCUAGUGAUGAUGAUGAGCGAGCACUUAUGGAACAGAUGAAGCAGCAGCAGCCAGCUGAACAACCAACAAAUUCCUAUCACCAGGAAAGCCACGUGGCACCACCACCGCCAUCCUACAACACCAGCUAUGGAUCUUCAUCUUCAAAUCGCAACACAAGGAUCAAUAAGGAUUCCGAGAAGUAUGGAUUGGCGUUGAGUGAGAGCUCCGACGAGGAUGAUUAA